AUGCGGCUACCUAUUCCCAAUUUCGUCAAGAAGCUAUGGUAUGCUUGGAAUCUCCGGAGCUGUAUUCUCAUAAGCCUCUGGCUGCAAACAAUUUUAGUUCUAUUUGCAUUCCUCAGAAAACGGACCAGAAGAAAACUGUUACACGGGCUCAUAUGGUUUGCAUACUUGCUUGCAGACUGGAUUGCACCUGUUGCCAUUGGACUAAUCUCCAAAAGCGAAGGUGUUGGUUGUGAUGGAAAGGGGAAUAAUAAGGACUUAAUGGCAUUCUGGGCUUCGUUUCUUUUGUUGCAUCUUGGUGGCCCUGAUACCAUCACUUCUUUUGCUAUUGAGGAUAAUGAGUUCUGGCUUAGGCACUUGGCUGGACUCAUAUUACAGGUUUUGGCAACUGCUUAUAUCUUCUAUCAAUCGCUUCCUAACAAGCUUUGUGUUCCCACUGUCAUGGUGUUUCUUGUGGGAACCAUCAAGUAUGUAGAGCGAACACGUGCUCUCUUUCUUGCAAGCAUGAACCAGUUUGGAUGUUCAGUGUUGCCAAAGCCAGAACCCGGGCCUGAUUUUGAAGAAGUCAUGAAGAUGAGCUCUUCAAUGACGCUGGAACAGGUUGAAAAUCCUAAAAGGUCUUAUUUAGUACACAGAACUUCUGCAAAAGAUUCUGAAUCCAUAGUUGAAAGGAUACCCUUCGAUGAAAUGCAAUUGUUACAGGAAGCACAUCUUCUCUUUGACAAAUUCAAGGGUCUUAUUGUAGGCCUCCAUAUCAGUUCCAAGGUAAGAGAAAGGAGCCAAGAUAUCUUUCUUACUAUAUCUGCAGCUGAAGCAUUUAGACUCAUAGAGUUUGAGCUCAAUUUCAUGUAUGAGUAUCUCCACACCAAGGUGGUCGUGGUUCGCUGCACAUUUGGGUACUUUCUACGCUUUAUUAGCUUUACUUUAAUCGUUGGAGCAUUGGCAUUCUUUUCAAUUGAGAACCACCAUGAGUUUCAUCAUGUUAGUAAGUUUGAUUACUUUGAUAUCAUCCUUACUUAUGUCUUGCUUGUUGGGGCAUUAGGCCUCGAGGCCAUAUCAGUCCUAAUGCUUAUAUUAUCCGACCGGACCCUCCUUGCUGUGAAGGGUAGCCGGAGCACACUCGAUAAAAUUUUGAAAAGAAGCAAGUGGUCUAAGUCAGUCUCCCAGUACGAUAUGAUAAGCUAUUGCUUGAAUGAUCCUCCAACAUGGGUGUACACAUUAGCUAAUUAUGUUGGUGCUGGUGAAGUGCUAGAGAAGAUGACUAUAUUGCGUUUUUCACAUUCAAAGGGAGUUUAUGAAGAUCUUGAGGAAUUUAUUUUCACCGAGCUGAGCUUGAAAUCUAGGAAUGUAAAAUCUAUAAGAGCUGCCAGGGAUGCAUCUUCUCAAAGAGGUGAUUGGGCUCUUCUACGGACUUCUAGCUAUUUCGAACUAAAAUGGAGCAUUGAGGAGUAUCAGUACGCGGAAAGCCUUCUCAUUUGGCACAUGGCUACUGAGAUACUCUACGCUCAGGAAACCAAAUCAAGUACUGGUAUUGAUGAUAAUAAAAGUAAUCGAAAAAUAUGCAAAUUACUUUCAGAUUAUAUGUUUUAUCUUCUUGUCAUGAAGCCUAAAAUGAUGGCCCCUGUGUUAGGCAAUUGGCAAAUAGUCUUCCAGGACACUUGUGCAGAAGCUAAGCGAUUCUUUCACCAAAAAAGCAUAUCGAAGAAAGCUGAAGGCUGUGGAGAAAUCCUUAAGGUGGUAAGUAAAUACAUUUUGGAUGAUUCUAAGGGAAAUGAAAGCAAACAUUCGGAUGAUUCUAAGGGAAGUGAAAGCAAACAUGGGUACAGAUCAGCUAAUCUGAAGGGAAAUGUAAGCAAAUCUGUGUUUAUUGAUGGAAGUAUCCUAGCAAAACAGCUCAAUGACGACAAGGAGUUGAAGACAGACAAAUGGAAGCUAAUGAGCCGAGUUUGGGUGGAAUUGAUGUCUUAUGCUGCCAUUAAUUGUAGACCAAAUGCACAUGCAGAGCAACCUAGUAAGGGUGGAGAGCUCUUGACAUUCAUUUGGUUACUGAUGAAUCAUCUGGGCAUUGGAACACAGUUCUACGAGCAGGAACGCCAAGCUAGAGCCAAAAUGGUCCCGCGAAAGUAA